GUGUGAGUGAGAGAGUACCGGCUAAAGGUUCCCCGGUACACCCAGUCCUAUCUCAGGGAUAGGGACCACCACACCUCACCAUGGAGUCCGACAGUGUUAAUAGGGAGGAUGCGGUGUACAGAAGCACGGUGGUGGCGCUGGAGGGAGACGCCCCGAGACCUCCUGGUGGUGUGGCCUUCAUACUUAAGAACAAGGUAAGCAGAUGUCUGAGCCGGAAGACCCUCCACCGCCGGUUGCCGUGCCUCACCUGGCUCCGGAGCUACAACAGCGAGUGCUUCUUUGGGGACCUGGUGGCCGGGUUUACUGUGGGCCUCAUGAUUAUCCCACAGUCACUGGCGUACGGUAUCAUAGCUGGCCUCUCUCCUAAUUAUGGGUUGUACUCGGCGUUCAUCCCCUGCUUCGUAUACUUCGUGUUGGGCUCCACCAUGGAGAUGAACAUGGGGCCGACCGCCAUUAUGUCCCUCAUGACCUACCAGUACAGUAGUCAGGGCGGUGCCGACUACGCCGUCCUCCUUGCCUUCAUCUCCGGCAUCAUAGAGCUCUUGGGCGGCAUCGUCAACUUGGGCUUUCUCAUCAACUUCAUCUCCCAGCCGGUCAUCAGCGGGUUCACCUCAGCGGCUGCCAUCACCAUAGCCUCCUCUCAGCUGAAGGCAUUGUUGGGGUUGAGUCUCAAGUCCAAGGGCCUCAUCAACACGUGGGUGAAGGUCUUCGCCAACAUCCAUGACUUCCGCUGGCAAGACCUCACCCUCGGCCUAGCCUGCAUCAUCGCCCUCGUCCUUCUAAAGGAGAUACGGACAGUGCGGUGGCCGUGUAUAGACCACAACAGCCGAGGUCUGGGCCAGCGGAUCUUAAGAAAGACCGUCUUCUACCUUUCUGUAGGUCGCAAUGCCAUUGUUGUUGUUAUUGCUUCUGUCAUCGCCUACUGCCUUGAUGGGGACGACCAGCCAUUCUCAAUUACAGGUUUUGUGAACCCUGGGAUCCCUUAUGCCUCUGUGCCGCCCUUCUCCACGGAGAUCAACAACCAAACUGUAACCUUCCCAGAGAUGAUGAGUGAUGUGGGCAUUGGUGUGGCGAUGAUCCCAUUCAUUGCAGUUCUUGACCACAUUGCCAUUGUCAGUGCCUUUGCUAAGGGCAGGACCUUUGAUGCCACACAAGAGAUCAUCACUCUUGGUGUCUCAAAUAUAAUUGGAUCAUUCUUUGGGUCGAUGCCCACAACAGGAUGUUUGUCACGGUCUGCUGUCAACCUGACCAGUGGAGUGAGGACGCCUGCUGGUGGUCUUGUCACAGGUGUCAUGGUACUCUUGUCCCUGGCUUUUCUCACACCAGGUUUUACUUACAUUCCCAAAGCAACCUUGGCAUCCGUGAUCAUAACUGCAGUGGUUCACCUCCUUGAUUAUGAAAUUUUGCGCCCUCUGUGGAGAAGCAAGAAAGUUGACCUGCUGCCCCUCACUGUCACGUUCGUUGCCUGUCUUAUUUGGGGACUGGAGUGGGGGAUACUGCUGGGCAUUGGUGUCAACCUCUCCAUGCUGCUCUACUCCAUGGCCACACCUGCCAUGAGGGUUGCACUAGUGCCACCUGGUAAGCAUCAUGGGGGGUAUGUCCUGAUUACCCCUUCCCAUGGCAUCACCUACCCCAGCACCACCCACAUCCGGGCUGCCAUCAGAAAAGCUGGGCUUCGACAGGCUGGAGGCUCCCUCCCUAUUGUCAUCGACUGUUCCUUCAUUGAUACCGCAGAUUAUACAGCAGCCAAGGGGAUCAAGGGGAUGAUAGAUGAUUUCCAGCUGCGUGGGCAAAUUCUGGUUUUUGUCUGCCUGAAACCACGUGUCCUCAAGACCAUUGGAGCAUUACAUGAAGGCAUUGUUGUCUGUUCUUCAUUUGAUGCUUUGCCAGAGGCUUUGGCAGAUGGAGAGACAGAGGUGGGACUUGAAACUGUCAGCAGUGAUGGACGACACCAAGGAGGGGAUAUUGUGAUAUCUACCAUGAUCUCCACACCUACAUCUGACACCAGUGAUGCUGCCAACCCACUACUGAGUACGACGACUUUCCACGACCAAAAGUAGCAGAACUUUACAGCUGUCAUUACCACAAAUUCCAGAUCUUUGUCCCUUACAGGUAUAGCAAACUACAUGUACCACACUGACAAUGUGCCCUGUAUUUAAGUUGGCAUUAUUGGCAGUCUCUGUAUGCAUACUCAUUCUUGGCAAACCCACUUACAUGUUUUGGGGACUUUAGUCCAAUUCAAAUGAAGUUCAACACGAUGACAUCACCAGAAACAGUGAUUUUAUAUUUAGGGUGUUACGUGGGGUGAGUGAGUAUCAGAGAUAUAAAUUCUUCAGCAUGUUGUGUACUGUAUUGUCCUUUCAGCAAAAUGUUGCGUAAUGCACACACUCGGUGACAAGAGAAAGUGCACAUUGCAUUACUCAUUUUCUCAUGUUAAUUACAUUCCAACAUAUCAAUCUUCAACACCUCAUCUUAGAAUUUUGGUUUGGGACAAAGCAGUCACCACAGUUAAGUCUGCUAAAAAUCAAAGAAACUUUUACUUUCCAAGAAUCCAUUUCCAUGCAAUAAGACAAAUAACAACUGGCGAUGAAUAUCAAAAUCAUGAUAUCCCAAAACCUGAAGAUACAUAAGGUGGAGCAUCAUAAGUUUACCUGAGAAUGAAACUUAUCAGUAUUGAAUGAAUUCUUUAUUUAGUGUCUUUGUAAAUCAUGUUGAACUAUGUGUGUGUUGCCUCUCCUUCGUUAUGACGUGUGGGGCCUCAUAAUAAGCCAGUGUUCCAGAACUAUGCAAAGGUAUUUUGUCUAUUACGUGGGAAGAUAAUUUUUGCUGUUAUUUGUUAAACACAAUGACCUUUUACCAACACAGAUUAAGAUGAUAGAAAUGUGGUUAAGUUAUGUCAGUGCAUGAAUAUCAACCAAGUGAUGAACUCGGCAUUUCCUUUGUAAAUAGAUUUUCCUAUUAGGUGUCAAAUUCGCUCUUUUUUAUUAGGAAUUAGUUAGAAGUGUUAGAGUAGUGAAUCACAUUGUAUUUUUAAUUUAUUAUAGAUUAUAGAAUUCAUCUUAGCUGUUCAGUGUGAAGAUCAAGAACAUAUCCCCAAAUUUAACUUUAAUACCCUGUGGUCUGUGCAAAAUUCAGCUUGCAAGGAUAUUUAUGCACAAGCAAACUAAAACUGAAAUAUAUAAACUUGUGAAACUAUUAUUAACACACACACACACAAUCCAUAAAUGUGUAAAUUUAGUCACACAUACAAACUCAUUGUUAUUGUUGUUAUAAUUAAACAGUAUGUGUAAAUUUUAAU